UGUCUCCCGCCCGCUAGCCUAGUGGGGAGGGGCCAGACAAGACACCCGAUCCACCACCUUACCCACCCUUCGAGUCAGGUCCUCUAGCCACUCGGCCUGGAAAGCCUUAGGGGUGAAUGUUGCACUCCCCGGCCCCACCCGAGCGGGGUUCUGUGCGCCUUCCUACCUCGCGAAUACCCAGGAGUACGUCUUGCUGUCUGACUUAAGUCCCUGCUGCUUUAGAGCACGCCCCUUCGGCAGCCAGGGUGGGGCCCAGACCGAACCUGGCCCUCCCGCCCCCAUCCGCCUUUAGGUCGCUGAUCCAGCAGACUCCCAGACUGCACUGAAGAUCCAGAGCUGGCACCACAGAACCUGGCAACCCCCUCAACCCACCCAUGCCCACCCCACAUGAGGCUGAGAAACAGCACACAGGACCAGAGGAGGCAGACAGGCCCCCAUUGAUGUCCAGCCAUGAUGCAGCCCCUUCAGGACCCCCCAGUCGCAACCCCUGCUGUUUAUGCUGGUGCUGCUGCUGCAGUUGCUCCUGGAACCAAGAACGGCAGCGAGCUUGGCAAGCUUCUCGGGAAAGCAAGUUGCAACCCCUCCCCAGCUGUGAAGUUUGCACUCCACCAAGUCCUGAGGAAGUACAGAGCUGGGCACAGUCCUUUGACAAGUUAAUGCAUAGCCCCACGGGCCGCAGUGUAUUCCGGGCAUUCCUGCGCACAGAAUACAGCGAAGAGAACAUGCUCUUCUGGCUGGCCUGUGAGGAGCUGAAAGCAGAGGCCAACCAACAUGUGGUGGACGAGAAGGCGCGACUUAUCUAUGAGGACUACGUGUCCAUCCUGUCCCCCAAGGAGGUGAGCCUGGACUCCCGUGUGCGAGAAGGCAUCAAUAGGAAGAUGCAAGAGCCAUCACCACACACGUUUGAUGAUGCGCAGCUGCAGAUCUACACCCUCAUGCACCGGGACUCCUAUCCUCGCUUCCUCACCUCCCCCGCCUACCGCUCUCUGCUACUCCAGGGGGCCCCACAGUCCUCCUCUGAGGCCUAGGUGCUUGCCACACAGAUGCCCUGCUCCUGUGGGCAGACUAGGGGCUAACCCUGCCCCAUCUGGCUGGAUAUAGACUCAGUCCCAGUGGCAACUGCAAUGUUCUGCUCUGCCCUAGCCUGUUCCAGCUGGGGGUUCUCCAAGAUGGUGCCUCAGACCCUCCAGUCACGUGCCCAGGAGAUGUUCUCAUAGAGAACAACCUCUGUGCCAACAGGUUUGUAGCAAGACUGUUUAUUCCGCAGAACCAGAUGUAGGACCUCAGAGUCAGGCUCAAAAAAAGAGCCCAUUUAUAUUUUAUAUGUUAAUGAACUUUAAAAUUGGAAACAUGUCCUUAUUGUACAUUUUACCAAAAGAAAAAAGAAAGCUUUCA